GUCAACUGUCAAUGUCAUUGGCGAAAUAUGUUAACAGUUUAUGUUGUACUAUUAAACUGUUAUUAUUAUAGUUAACCAAUAGAUAACUAUGAUUUUUACUGACAAAAAUUUUGAUGUUGAAAUUUUGAAUACAUAUUAAAAAAGCAUAGUUGUCCUGUCGUAGUAAUUUUGAUUCGUAAUAUUUCUAUUUAUUUCGUUCUAAUCAGUGAACUUAUUUUAUUAUUAUACAUAAGUGAUCACAUAUUUAUAAUUCAAUAAAACUACAAUGGUCAAUAAAUUGCUUAGUGUUGAAGAUAUUUUGCGUUAUAGCAGAAAAAAACCAAGCCGAAAAAUAGAUAUGGACGCAAUAUUACCCUUUUUAAUUUUACCCAUUUUGUUAUUAAUAGCGACGAUUUCCCGUGCUACCACUAUCAUAGUUAUGGUAGCUAUAGCAAUGGGUACAUCGUACGUAUUAUCCAGGCCACGUCAAAAAAACAGAUCACCAUUUUUCUAUUCAUGGACAUUAUCAUCUGGCUUAUAUUUGUUCUUAGUAUUUGAAAUUGGAGUAUUAGGAUUAUUGGAAGUGACACAACUGGAGAAUUUUAUAUUUCUAAUGUUAUUCAUAUCUACUGGUUACUUCUUUUAUAAAAUGAAAACUGUUGGAGACUUUGAACUUACUGCUGGAUCUUCAAAAGGAAAAGAAUAUAGUCCUGUCCUAACUGCAGAUUCCUGCUACUGCCGGAUAUGUCAAAUUGAAGUAAAUGAUAUGUUCUUUCACUCAAUAUGGUGGGAUUGCUGCGUACUGAAACUUAAUUAUGGCUAUUUCCUAGCUGGACAGUUCCUUGCAUUUGCCACAUUAUUGUUUGGAACCAACUUAGGUCUAACAAGUGUUUGCCAACCUUUUAUAUUAUAUGGCUCUAUACUCCUGCCUGAAAAUUGUGAUGAUGUAUAUUAUGAAUUCAAUUUGGCCCUUUGCUUUGUUUCCUGUGUAUAUGGAGUGGGAUAUCUUAUAGUUAUAUUAAUAGUACUACUUAAACAAUUAAUCAUUUACAUUCCAAUAUAUAGUGAACCACAAUGGAGAAAAUUAGUUAAUGUAUUUAAUGUGUAAAUCAAUUUCUUAUUAUAUUAGACAUUAUUAUGUAACAUUUUUUCUGAAGGAUUAUAUCCUUGAGAGUAAUUGAAUAUC